CUAAAUCACUCAAUGACUAAACAAAUUUAUUGCAGUAUGUAUCUGUGUUAGUAUCAGUUGGAUAUGCUGAAUUUUGCUUGAAUAUUGAUUUUGUUAUCAACGUGUACAUGCAAAAUGCACUCAUAUAUAUGGAGUCUUCACUUCCAGAGUGGUUGACAAAAGAAUUUUUUGAACAAUGUCUCCGUAAAGAAGAAGACAACAACAACAUUGUGGUAACAAACUUGACCACUUCAUCAGCAGCUCCACCUGGCAACAACUAUGGGAGCUUCAUCAUCAGAGUUGAGCUGAAAUGGAAAGUGGACGGAGAUGAUUCUGAGAUGAAGACUUCAAGAUUCAUCGUCAAAGCUGAACUUACCGAAGGUCCUUUGCAGGAAAUGGCAACUCAAUUUGCCAUGCACGAACCUUCAUUUUACUACAAUUAUAUACCAUAUGCAACUCAGUUUGGCGAUGUGCAAUUUGCUCCAAAAAGCUUCUUCACUCCUAAAUCAAAUGUGAUUAUUCUUGAAGAUUUGAAAGAAACAGGUUUUUUGAUGGUUGAUAGAACAAAACAGUUGGAUUUCGACCAUUGUCGCCUCUACAUGAUUGCAGCUGCCUCAUUCCACUCAUUGUCUAUUCCAGUUUAUAAAAAAAAUCCAGAACUUUUGGAACCUAUAAAAAAAGACACAAUGUUCACAAGAGAAUCUAAGACCCAAGGCAUAUUUCCAAUCAUGAUUAAAAGUGGUGCAGAACGGUUUGUACAAGAAAUGGAGAAGGUAGACAGAUUCAAGAAGUAUUCUAAAACAAUCAAAGAUAUUACACCUCACCUAUGGGAAAUGAUGGUAGAAGCACACAAGCCAAGUGAACAAAUAAACACAAUCAAACAAGGAGAUCCGUGGCUGACUAACAUGAUGUUCAAAUAUGACAAAAACAACAAAGUCUGUGAUAUAAAACUCAUUGAUUUCCAGGUGACAGGAUAUGGGUCACCUGUUACUGAUUUAAUGUUCUUCUUGUGGUCCAGUGCAAACAGUGAAGUCAAGAAUAACAGAUUAGAAGAACUGUACAGAAUUUACAUCGAUUGUUUCAAUUCAAAUCUAAAAAAAAUCAACUGUUCUGAAAAGUUGACUUAUGAACAGGUGAUACAGGAUGUGGAAAAGUUGAAGCCAUUAGCUUUGUUCAUAUCUUGUUCUUUUGUGCCUUGUUUUCUGCAUCCUGACUCCAUGGACAUGGCGGUUUUGGUCUCCAAGGAUGUGAGUGCGGGAGAGAAAUUUUACGACAAGUGUUACACUAAAGAUUACUGUGACAAAAUACUCCCUCAGGUGGUUGAGUCUCUGGAGAUCAAUGGAGUUUUCAGCUCUCUAGAAAAACACAAUGGUCAGCCUUCAGCCAACGUUGUGGGAGUUGAUAUGGGGUCUUCACUUCCAGAGUGGAUGACCAAGGAGUUUUUUGAACAAUGUCUCCGUAAAGAAGAAGACAACAACAACAUUGUGGUAACAAACUUGACCACUUCAUCAGCUGUUCCUCCUGGCAACAACUACGGGAGCUUCAUCAUCAGAGUUGAGCUGGAGUGGAGAGUGAGCCAAGAUGAUUCUGUGGUGAAGACUUCAAGAUUCAUCGUCAAAGCUGAACUUACCGAAGGUCCUUUGCAGGAAAUGAUGACUGCUCAAUUUGCCAUGUAUGAACCUUCAUUCUACUACAAGUUCAUACCUAAAGCAAAACAGUGUGGUGAUAUAAAUUUUGCUCCGAAAUGCUUCUUUUCUCCCAAACCGAACGUGACAGUUCUUGAAGAUUUAAAAGAAACAGGUUUUUUGAUGGUUGAUAGAACAAAACAGUUGGAUUUCGACCAUUGUCGCCUCUACAUGAUUGCAGCUGCCUCGUUCCACUCAGUGUCUAUUCCAGUUUAUAAAAAUAAUCCAGAGCUUAUGUCAUCCAAUGACUCGAUGUUCUCGAAUGAGUCCAAAAUGCGAGACAUAUUUCAUUUCAUGAUCAAAAGUGGUACGAAACGGUUUGUACAAGAAAUUGAUAAGGUAGACAGAUUCAAGAAGCAUUCUAAAACAAUCAAAGAUGUAUCACCUCACCUAUGGGAUAUGAUGGUAGAAGCACACAAGCCAAGUGAACAAAUAAACACAAUCAAACAAGGAGAUCCGUGGAUAACCAACAUGAUGUUUAAGUACGAUAAGAACAACAAAGUCUGUGACAUCAAGAUCAUCGACUUCCAGGGAAUAGGGUAUGGGUCACCUGUUACUGAUUUAAUGUUCUUCUUGUGGUCAAGUGCAAACAGUGAAGUAAAGCAGAACAGACUUGACGAACUGUACAGAAUUUACGUUGAUAGUUUUAAUAAAAAUCUAAAAAAGUUUAACUGUUCUGAAAAGUUGACUUAUGAACAGGUGAUACAGGAUGUGGAAAAGUUGAAGCCAUUAGCUUUGUUUAUAUCAUGCUCGUCAUUGCCAGGCCUUCUUCAUCCCGAGCCCAUGGACCUAGCUGCAUUCUUUUCCAAGGAUGCGAGUGAUGAUGCGGGAGACAAAUUUUUCGACAAGUAUUACACAAAAGAUUACUGUGAGAAAAUAUUCCCUCAGGUGGUGGAGUCUCUGGAUAUCAAUGGAGUUUUCAGUUAUCUACAAAAACACAAGAAGUAGUUCUUUGACCAAUUGUAUCCUUAUUAAAGUUGUUCAAACAAA